AUGGCGGAACAUUGUUGUGAUAAUUCUUUUCACAGGAGUGUCCCAAAAAAUAUGACAAGUUCUAUCCAGGAGAAAACUGAAAUACUUAAUUUUGGAGAGGAGGCUGUGAAAAGUGUGAAUGAGAAGUUGGCCAUUCUCAAAUUCCACUACAACUGGGCGGAGAUGGUGGAAAAGGUGGAAGAGGAGAAAUUAAAGAAAGAAAAGGAAGAACAUUUGGCCAUUCUGAAUUUAAAAGAUGAGAUGGUCGAAAAGAAGGACGAAAGAAUAAAGGCAAAAGAAAAACAAAGAGCCGAUGUGAAACAGAAGAAUAUGAGACAUAAGAAGAAGAAAUUAAGAUGGGAGAAAGAAGAAGAAAAAUUAAAGAAAGAGAUAUUGAAGAAGCAAGUUGCGAUGUUGAAAAUGGAAGUAGAGAAGAGAUUAAGGACAAAUGGAAAAUGCAGGGAAAAAAGAAGAGAGAAAUCCGAGAUAGAAGGAAGAAAUGAGUUGAAAUCAGGAGGAGAAAAAGAGGACAAGAACAAACUGAAAACAGUUGAAAGUAAGGAGGAGAAAUCCGAGACAGGAGGAAGAAAUGAGCUAAAAUCACGAGGAGAAAAAGAAGACAAAAGCAAACUAAAAACAGUUGAAAGUAAGGAGGAGAAAUCAAAGACAGACAAAGUAGUGAUGAAAUCAGUAGCAAAGGAAAAGAAAGACAAAUUAGAGGCUGAACAAAGGCUGGAAAAGUCAGAGACAGAAAAGGAGGAACCUAAAGCAGAGAAAGAGGAGGAAAAACCAGAGACAGAAAAGAAAAUGGAGACAACAGAGGAGGUGGAGGCAGAAGGAAUGUCAAAAAGAAAAAAGAAAAUAGGCACAUCAGAUGAAAUCAAGCAACGAUACGAUUCAGAUGCAGAAAAGAAGAUAGACAUAUCAGGUCUAGACAAAGAAGAAGAGAAAUCACAUACAGAAAAGAAGAUAGACACAUCAGGUGUACUCAAGAAAGAAGAAAAAGGAGACACAGAAGAGGGGAAAUCAGACACAAAUAAGGAGAUAGAAAUAACAGAAACAGAGAAAGAGAAGAAAUCAGAUGUAGGAAAGAGGAUAGAGCCAUCAGAGGAGGAAGGGAAGGAAAAGUCAUAUAAAGGAAAUAAGAUAGAGCCAUCAGAGGAGGAAUGGAAGGAAAAGUCAGACAAAGGAAAUAAGACAGAGAUGUCAGAGGAGGAAAGGAAGGAAAAGUCAGAUAAAGGAAAUAAGAUAGAGCCAUCAGAGGAGGGAUGGAAGGAAAAGUCAGACAAAGGAAAUAAGAUAGAGAUGUCAGAGGAGGAAAGGAAGGAAAAGCCAGAUAAAGGAAAUAAGAUAGAGCCAUCAGAGGAGGGAUGGAAGGAAAAGUCAGACAAAGGAAAUAAGAUAGAGAUGUCAGAGGAGGAAAGGAAGGAAAAGUCAGAUAAAGGAAAUAAGAUAGAGCCAUCAGAGGAGGAAAGGAAGGAAAAGUCAGAUAAAGGAAAUAAGAUAGAGCCAUCAGAGGAGGGAUGGAAGGAAAAGUCAGAUAAAAGGAAUAUAGAGACUUCAGAAGCUGGAAAACAGGUGGAGAAAGCUGAUGUAGAAAAGAAAAUUGAUACUGCAGAUAAAGAAAAUGAGGGAAAAUCAAACAUAGCAAAGAGGAUACUGAUGUCAGAGGCAGAAAAACAAAAGGAAAAAUCAAACACAAAUAUAGGGAAGGAGGAAAAUUUAGAGGAACAAAAAGAAGAGGAGGAAACAGAGACAACGAAAGAGGAAAUAAUGGAAACAUUGAAGGAAAAAAGAAUGAAAGGAAAGAAGAAGGAGAGAAAUUUUGAUACUGAGGAUGACUUUAAUUACAUUUAUACCCAGGAAAGACAGCCUUUCUGGUACAGAUUCCUCUGUGGAACAUCAUAUGCAUGUUUAACUAAGAAGAAAAAUCAGAAGAAAAAGACAGAAAUAAAGAACAAAACAGAGAGAACUGGAUUUCUGGAGAGAAUGAGGAAACUUUUUAGGAAUUAA